AUGGCUGCUUGGCUGGUGGAUGAAAUGAAAAAGUACCCUGUUACUCACGAAAAAAGUGUAAAAAACAGCAUAGAUUUGGUGGAGCAACUGAAAGAUUUUGAGGCCAGGCGGGGGGAAGUUCUGGUAUCGUUUGAUGUGACUGCUUUAUUCCCAAACGUACCAGUAUCUGACGCCUUGGAAAGUCUUCGACGACAUCUGGAGCGAAACCGCGUGUUACCUUAUCAGGUCGAAGCUUACCUUUCAGUGGCAGAGUGUUGCAUGAAGCAGAACUUCUUCACGUUUAGAGGGAAGUUCUACAAGCAAACGUUUGGUCUUAGCAUGGGCAACAAGCUUUCGCCUCUACUAGCAGACGUUUUCCUGAGCGAUUUCGAGUUAGCUUUAGGCAAAGAAAAGCUCUUCCCUCGAGUUUGGAGACGCUACGUGGACGACAUUUUCGCAGCCGUGAAAGAACGCUAUCUAACGCAGACCCUUGACCUAUUGAACUCCCGUCACAGUACAAUAAAGUUUACGGUAGAGAAGGAAAUAGAAGGGAAAUUGCCAUUCCUAGACCUGAUGAUAACCAGGAAAGCGGACAACAAACUAAAAUUCGGGAUCUACCGAAAAGCGACAUCCACAGACAGAUACAUAACUUCCGACUCUAACCAUUUCGGCGCUCAAAAACAAGCAGCCUUCCAUUCCAUGGCCCACCGUCUAUUCAAUGUACCGAUGGAAAAUGAAGAAUUCCAGGCCGAGCGGGAAAAAAUAUACAAAGCUGCUGUAUUGAACGGGUAUGAAAAAAGAUUUGUGGACAAAAUUCUAAGAAAACACAAAAGGAAAAAGCACAGACAAAACGCGACAACGUUAGAGCCGGAUAAAAAACAGGAACGUAGAAUCUGCUUGCCGUUUUACCCCAAAAUUACUAACCCUGUCCAAACCGUCCUAAAACAGCAUGGUUACCAAGUCGCAUACAAAAGUGGUAACACCUUGAAAGACCUCUUGUGUAAUCUAAAAGACAAGGUUCCAACCGAUCAAAAAUCGGGGAUCUACCAAAUCCCCUGUAAAGAUUGCCCCGCAGUAUAUAUUGGACAAACUCGCCGAAAGUUCAAAGUCCGCAUUCGAGAACAUAAGCUUGCUGUCGACCACGAAAGAGGCAACGACUCCAGUGUGGCAGUACACACUAUAGCCCACAAUCACACCAUAGACUGGGACAGUGCGAAACUCGUGAAAACUGUACGGAAAGCUGCACACCUGAACGCAUGGGAAUCAAUGUACAUAGCCAAUGCUGAACACGUGCUUAUGAACGAGGACGACGCGCCAAUAUCAUCACCCCUUUUCCACUUGACAAACCUGAAAAUUCAGUGA